CCAUGGCUGCAAUGUGCCUCUUAUCCACUUUGGCCAUCCGGCUGCUCCGGCCGGCGCAGAGCUGCCGCCUCCACCAUCGCCCCUUCCACCUCUCGGCAGUUCGAAAUGAAGCUGUUGUCAUUUCGGGAAGGAAACUUGCUGAGCAGAUCAAGCAGGAAGUGCGGCAGGAGGUGGAAGAGUGGGUGGCGUCAGGCCACAGACGGCCGCACCUGAGUGUCGUCCUGGUUGGUGAGAAUCCUGCAAGUCACUCCUAUGUCCUCAACAAAACCAGAGCAGCUGCCGAUGUGGGAAUCAACAGUGAGACAAUUGUGAAACCAGCUUCAAUUUCAGAGGAAGAACUGUUGAAUUUAAUCAAUAAACUAAAUAAUGAUGAUAACGUAGAUGGCCUCCUUGUUCAGCUGCCUCUUCCAGAGCACAUUGAUGAGAGAAAGAUCUGCAAUGCUGUUUCUCCAGACAAAGAUGUUGAUGGCUUUCAUGUAAUUAACGUAGGGCGAAUGUGUUUGGACCAGAAUUCCAUGUUACCAGCUACUCCAUGGGGUGUGUGGGAAAUAAUUAAGCGAACUGGUAUUCCAACCCUGGGGAAGAACGUGCUUGUGGCUGGAAGGUCAAAAAACGUUGGAAUGCCCAUUGCAGUGCUGCUGCACACGGAUGGGGCGCACGAACGUCCCGGAGGUGAUGCCACUGUCACAAUAUCUCAUCGAUAUACUCCCAAGGAGCAGCUGAAGAAACAUACGGCUCUUGCAGAUAUUGUGGUCUCUGCUGCAGGCAUUCCAAAUCUGAUCACAGCAGAUAUGAUUAAGGAAGGAGCAGCUGUCAUUGAUGUGGGAAUAAACAGAAUUCAAGAUCCCAUAACUGCUAAACCCAAGUUGGUUGGAGAUGUGGAUUUUGAAGGAGUCAGGAAGAAAGCCGGUUACAUCACUCCAGUCCCUGGGGGUGUUGGUCCCAUGACAGUGGCAAUGCUAAUGAAGAAUACCAUUAUUGCUGCAAAAAAAGUGCUGAGGCUUGAAGAGCGGGAAGUACUGAAGUCUAAGGAGCUUGGAGUAGCAAGUAAUUAACUAUUGCGUCUUCUGUGUCAUGAACAGCACUCCAAGCUAGUUCACGAGGAAAACCAGGCCAAUAGAAAUGCAAUAUUUAUUCUACUUAAAUGGUUUAAAACAAUGCUUUCUAUUUAUUUGUAAGCUUAAAUGGGUGGGUGUUUGCACACAUAGCCCUGCAGUUACCCACCAGGGAACAUGCCACUAUCGUGCUGGGUCAUGGGAUCCAGCCAAGAGAAGCCAUUAACCUACUGAUUAACAGGGGGACCCUGUCACACUGAGAAUGGCUGCCUAACUUUGUCAACCACUUCGGUUAAAAUUUGUCUUUAUUAGGAGGACAGCUAUGCUUACCACCAUACCACCAACGCUGCACAAAUUUGUCUUUUCUACGAUUGCAUUUCCCAAGUGCUAUUCCAAUAAUGAGUUGAUGCUCACUUUAGGUUCCAAACCUUUUGAGUUCAACUGGUCAAACCAAAGGAAAAAUGUUGCAAGAGAAAAUUAGGGAAAAGGUAAAAAAGAAAGAAAUGAUGGUAGUUGAGUAGAAAAAAAAUUACCCUAAUUUAAUAUAUGUAUUGAUUGAUAACCAGAAGAAAAACUACAUGUUAAUAGUCUCCUAAGCUGUCAUUUUGUAGCUUAGUCAUUGGGAAAAUGUUUGGGGUUGUUUCAUUUGCUAUUAGCUCUCGUUUUAUGUUCGUUACCAUCCCUGAGGUUUCCCCAUUUUAGUUUUCUAGGAUUGAAAGGCUUAUUUUAUAAAUUAUUCAUGUGUGUUGUCAUAUUUGACUUUCCUACAUCCUUAAACUUCACUGUCAAAUUUUUAUACUGUUGGGGGUGUCUGUAUGGUUUCUUUAGUGUAUCUUGAAACCUGUAUUUGGAAAACAUAACUUGGGCUUAAUGAUCAUUCGGGCAGCUUGUAUAAGUGUGCAACUUACUUUUCCACCAAAGAACUGUCAACAGCUGCCGGCUUUUCUCUGAUGCACCUGUUGGCUUUUCUUGAUUGAUUUUUGAGAACUUGAGUUAAUACUGAAUUUAAUCAGACUUUCUGAUUAAAGGACUUUUUCCCUUCAUUUUGUUUUUUUAAAUAAAACACUUCUGACUGGUAUAGAAUGAGUUUCUGAAAUACUGUAUCUUUCUGCUACUAUCUUGUUGUGACCUAAUUUUUCUCAUUGGAUGUAAUCAACCUAAAUAUUCCUAUAUUUGGUAAUACCCAAUCCAAUGCCUUAAACAAAUUGGUUUAAAGAGCUGUGGAGAAAUCAGCCUAGUCCUUUUAAUCUUACAUCCCCAAAGGUUGUGCCAAGCCAGGAGUUUAAUGUGUAAGAUUCAUUUAAGUGGUUAGUCUUGUUCUGAUUAUUUUCUAAACCAUAUGUUCAAUUUACACAGGACUUCUUGAUGUGCUUUGCCAAGCCCCCCCGCCAUAUAUAUAAAUUUUUUUCAUGUGUCUGUGUGUGUGUGUUUAAAGCAUUAGUUUGAUUGCACAGAUUGAAAGGUAUUUGCUGUGGCACAUUUGCAGCGAGGAUAGGUCCAGUGUAUUCUGCUCAAGGGCUAGGUAUUUGGCUUUCAUGCAGGCAGAAACAACUCCUGUUCCAGGCAGCUUGAGGCAGAGAGGAAGGAGAGCAAUGCAGAGCUGACCUUCUCCCCCUCCUUGUUCAUGUGCCGCCUUUAUGCUUUUUCUUAUACAUUUAUUUAUUUUAUUUAUUUGUUUUGGGCUGUAGUGGGUCUUCGUUGCUGCGCACGCUUUCUCUAGUUGUGGUGAGUGGGGGCUACUCUUCAUUGCAGUGCGUGGGCUUCUCAUUGCGGUGGCUUCUCUUGUUGUGGAGCACGGGCUCUAGAGCACAGGCUCAGUAGUUGUGGCACACGGGCUUAGUUGCUCCGCAGCAUGUGGGAUCGUCCCUGACCAGGUAUCGAACCCAUGUCCCCUGCAUUGGCAGGUGGACUCUCAACUACUGCGCCACCAGGGAAGCCCGUCGCCUUUACGCUUUUGAUAGUUUUCUGGAGAUGAAGAGGGGUGAUAGUUGCUAGAGAUAUUUUUGCAAGUGAGGUGUAGUUCCUGUACAUCAGCCAUGCGUGCUGACUCACCCAAAUUAUUAAACAUGGAGCGAGACGAGCAGACAGGAUUAAGUUUUAUUGAACUGUAGUUACAAGUUAUUGUUACUGCAUGGAGAAGUACCAAUAUGUCAACCUAUUAAAAGCUAUGGAAA